AUAUGGCUCGAAAUAAAAAUGAUGUUGGAAGAAUAUAUGUUGAACAUUUCAUCUUGGAUAUAAAAAAAAUAACGAUUGAACAUGCGCACUGGCAGUGACAGCUGAGCAUUGACAAACGAAUUGUCAAUUACCAAGCAAGAGCUUAGAGAUUUCAAUUUUUAAGAAUGGCUUUUAUUUAUUACAAUUAUUGCUAAUAUCAACUUAAUUGUAAUGGUACUUAAAAAAAUUAAAAAUAUUUGUAUACAUAAUGUCUAUUCGUUUUAAAGCUACUGAAUUACAAUGUUUCAAUUGGAUGUUUAAAUUUGCACCAUGUUUUCCUGUAAGUGCUUCAAACAUAAAUAUUAUAACAGAACCUGUAAAAUUUUAUGACACACUCUGCAACAGAUUUCAAAAUGCUAGACAUAGGAUAUCAAUGGCCAGCUUAUACAUAGGCACAGGUCAUUUAGAAAAAAGGUUGUUGGAAGUAACUGCACAGAAUGUUAAAAACGUGAAGGAUUUAAAUUUUAAGGUAUUGUUAGAUUACCAAAGAGGCACCAGAGGUGAGGUUAAUUCAUGCACUUUGUUUAACAACUAUAUGAAAAAUGUGUCAGAUAGAUGUCACUUAGCUUUAUUUCAAACACCAAGACUCUAUGGCUCUUGGUCCAAAGCUCUUCCUUCUCGCUACAAUGAAAUUGUUGGUCUACAACACAUGAAAUUAUACAUUGCCGAUGAUUCUGUAAUAAUUAGUGGUGCAAACUGUUCCCAUGAUUAUUUCCAAAGAAGACAAGAUCGUUACAUAGAAAUAAAAGACAUGGAACUCGCAAAUUUUUAUCAUGAGCUUAUAGAUGAAGUAGUUAAAUACAGUAGACAUGGAAAUUCACUGGACAGUGAUAAAAAUACCUCGGUUUCUAAAAAUAAAAUUAUACAGGAAGUUAGAAGAAGUAUAGAAAACCAUAUUGAGAAGUGGAGACUUAAACAAUAUGAGAAAUUAUCAAGCUUAUCUAAUGAUGCUAGUGACAAAGACACAUGGAUAUUUCCUCUGAUACAAAUGGGUGAAUUCAAUAUAACCCAGGACGAAAAGGCCACAUGUGGAAUUCUAUCGUCGAGUCCGAAGGGUUCUUACUUCAGACUUGCAACUGGCUAUUUUAAUUUGACAAAUACAUAUGCUGAUGUUUUAUUGAGAGAUUGUAAAGCUCACAUUAGUCUUUUAAUGGCUCAUCCUAAUGCGAAUGGUUUUAUGGGAGCGGCUGGUCCAGCAGGGGGAAUACCUCAUGCUUACUCAUUAAUAGCCCGACAAUUCUGGCAAAAAGUUGUUGAUAAUAAUCAGAGGAGUAGAGUAAAAAUGAUGGAGUAUGAGAGAAGUGGAUGGACUUUUCAUGCUAAGGGUUUAUGGUAUUAUCCUCCUGGUAGUGAUGUACCUUGGAUGACGGUUGUUGGUUCCGCAAACCUCGGCGAGCGCUCCGUAAGACGCGACCUUGAAGCACAAGCCGCCAUAUUUACGGUAUCGUCAGAUUUACAGGAGAGACUACACAACGAAUGUUCUAGUCUACACGAAAACGCUUCAGAAUGUAGUCAGGAUUUACAAGAAAGACGAGCUCCGUUAUGGGUUCGGGCUACUGUGGGUUUAUUUAGAACAUAUUUCUGAAAUAAUAAAAAACUUCUAUUAGUAUAUACGCGAAGAGGUUACCCUAUAGUUCAGUAUUAAUUUCAACGAAUAUAAUAAAACAGAUUAAAACAAAUUAAGAACUUUUGCUUAUUGGCUUUACUUUUUUUUAUGUUUUAUUUUAAAGUUGAUUUUUAUUUUGCUGUUGUUGUUAUUAUUGUUAUGUAAAGAAUGGAAUAUAUGAAAGUUGUUAUAGGUA